AUGGUCGAGAGUGAGAAAUCGCAGUCCAAAAUCAAAGCACAGUCGUCGCGCCUAGAUGUUUACGCUACCCGUGUAUCCCCCCAAAAGCAGCCACCGACCAAUCGACCCAAGUACAAAUCUGCAGCACAUGACGAUCCGGUGGAAUUCGAGUUGACCAGCUCCACCAAAUCGACACCACAUCAUGACGCUCCAUUUGCCGUCGUGAACCUGCUGGAGGGAUCCCUAGACGGCCCAUCGUCGUCGUUCGUUGUCUCCUCAAACAACAACAACAGCGCCACGCUAAAGUGCGACAGCCAAAUGAUCUACUUCAACGGCCACGUCGACAACCCCCCUGCACUAUCGUCGGCCAUCAUAAGCAAUCAACCAGACCCCCAACUCCACGAUAUGUCUGCCCUGUCGCCACGUUUCACAGCCCUCUUCGCUUCCAAAUGUCUCAGUCCCCACAAAGAACUCUCGCCCGAAAUAUCCAGCCACAAGCUAGGCGCCCCUUCUUCCGUCGUUCUGGCAACUACAAGUCCCCUUUCUCCAACCGCCUCCAUUGUAAAGCCAACGGAAGUCGCGCACAUUCUUCCUAGCCCCCCGUGUUUUCGAGUCCUUGACGUGGCGCCUUCGUCGUGGCAGCAGUCGUUUCGCUAUGUCUCCAACGACGAACGUUAUUUGGGGGGUGGUUUAGACGAUGAGGGGGGUAAUGAUGGGAGUUUUGACAUCGACGACUUGUACGAAAAGAACACGACGAGGCGGACUUUGCUGGAGCAACUGGAAAAUCGAUCCACAAGUGCACACCCCCAUCAUGUUGAGGAGUUGGUGGCGACCUUUCGUGCUAUCACGAGCCAAAAAUCCACUCGCCCGAGCGCCAACACCCAGGACGAAGUGCGCGGCACGUCCAAAUGGGUAAGCGAUUCCAUGCCAGCGUGGCUCCAGAACCAGCGCAACUAA